AUGCUCUCUCUACCAUGCUCUCUCGCUGUGUGCCUUGUGAUUCUUGCGCUCAGGCCACCCGAACCAGAUAACGUAGUGGACGACAGUGUGCUGGGACUGCACAAUCUCACACCCUCGAACCUGGCGUCUCCCAAUCCUACGGCAUCAGAUACCGAUAAAACCACAAUGCAUCCACACAAUACCUUUGCGGAUAAGUCUAUAAGGCAAGAUAGUGUUCAGAGUGGGGUUGUGGUAAGAAAUGGUAGAGAUGCCAACAACACAAGCGAAACCAAUAGUGGCACACAACGCUGUGAACCAAGUUGGGGUAUCGGGAAUGUAAGAUAUUAUGACAACAGUUGUACCAGUGGCAACCACAGGAGUCACCUGCAUCAUGACAGCGACAACCACGACGACGGGUACAAGAAGAGUUGUAGAAAUGGAAAAACACAACAACAGGAUAUGGGGAAAGACGAUAACAAUAAACACGAGAGAAAGAACAUCAAGGAUACCGGGCAACAUACUAUUCCGGAUGCUCCGGAUGAUCAUGAUGGUGUUCGGGACCACUCUGUCGGCGAAGGCGAUGGUGAGAAUGAUCCUGCAGGUGUGGACAAAGAUGUACACCAGAAUGAAGUUAGAGAAUCAGAGCUGGCUACGCGACUGGAUUCUAAUAUUGGUACUGAAUUGUGUCUGAAUUUGGAUCUGGAUAGCACGCCAAACCAGAUAUCAAUACAGCAACACGUGCAAUCAUACGCCGAGGAACCUGAGGCUAGCAGAGCUAUAAUCCUCGCAGUGGAACCGACGGAGAUGCGAAUGCAGUAUUCGGUAGCGGGCAUCUCUACAACUCACCAGUCACGUAUUACCCCGUUAAGUGCACAGUCAACCGUAGAUCCAAUCAGUACUGACAAGGAUAAGGAUACGAACACUUUAGUGCAUCCCUCUCGCAGGGCUUUCGUUGGCACACAGCCCGUGUUCUCUUCAGUCAAUGCAGGCAAUGACUCAAACAACGCACGUGGGGAUCCGCACUCGAGUCGACGAGCAAGAAAGAAUGGCAGAGGUUGGACUCCCACUGGGGGAAAUGCGGGCUACGUGGUUAGCGGGCACUCUGACCGGAAUCGAUCGCCACCAUUUUGUGCCGAAAGCACCCCACAAGCUAUACCAAAUCACCAGAAAUUAAAUAUAUCCACAAAGGGGGUUGAACCCCCAACACCACCCCCAGGUAUUGUUGGCCAUAAUCAAUAUCCACAGUCUAAUCCUGACCGCACACCAGAAGCGAUGUCCACACAACAUGGACCAAACACUCUGGCGAUAGAUGUAAGGCCUCCGCCACCUGGCAAGUCCGUGGUUAAGAUAAAUUCACCGGUUUUCGUCACGCCUGGUGCAUAUCGACCUGCGGUAAGAAAGACCCCCCUGUCGGGUACAAAAUGGCACCCUGUUGGAGGCUCCUUCGUAGACCAUCCGACACCCACCACCUCUCGGCCUGAGAGAAGCAACGCCUCGAUGUCGCGAGAAAGGGAGGACUCUCACAAAGGCACACAUACUAAAAGGCCAUCCCCACAUCCUGGGCGUCAACAGCCGAGGUCAGACGACGGUGAUUUGACCUUGCUCAGUGGCACAAUGUCCACCCCAAGUCCCUGUGUGCGGCAAGCAAGGCAAACACCUGCGGCCAGAACUGCUGAUGUUAUCGAUAGGACUACUAACAGCAAAAGAAGCGAAGCACAUGAUCUCGAGUAUACCGGUGAUAAAGAUAGAACAGAGCGCCACGGCAGAACUGGCCCACAAGGCGCCACGGCUAGUCAUCAAUCAAAUUCAAACGAGAAGUACGAUGCCAGUAAGCCUCCUGGUAUGUCCGUGCACGCCGGCACUCAAGAUCAGCAGUGGACUGGUGAGUGUGGAAAGGUCCAUGACAAGCUGGCAACCAGUAAGGAAGCCGAGAUGACGGAACACACCACAUGUAGCACUGAAAAGGCGAGUUCACCACCACGAAGCAAGCUUGGAACCGGCCGAGAACGACAACGAACACCUCCCCAUGGUGUCACAGCACAACAGCGUCCCGCUUAUUUCGAUCCUGCACCAGUCCACUCAAGCCUGGGAGCCACGGUUGAAGCGUUCAGUAUCACUUUGGUGCCGCCGGGGCGCAGCGAGCAGACUUGGCAGGUGAACCGCACACAGCUUCAUCCCGCG